GCCGGUGUCAGGUAACCGGCGGGUGAGUUGGGAGAAAGGGCAGGAGCAAGGGUUUAGAGGAGGCCUGGAGUUGAAGCUUCAGGGUCUUGGGUUCAGGGGUUAGAGCACCGACUAUAUGGAAGAUUCCCAGGAUGACUCCCCAAUCUCCUUCCUUCCCCAUUUGGAGGCCAAGAUCCGCCAAACACACAACCUUGCACGCCUCCUCACCAAAUACUCAGAACAACUGCUGGAGGAAUACGUACAGCAGCAGGGAGACCCCUUUGGGCUGCCGGGCUUCUCACCACCACGGAUUUCCCUGGCCGGCCUGAGCGGCCCGGCGCCGAGCCACGCGGGGCUACCGCUGUCCGAGCGGCUGCGUCUGGACGCGGCCGCCUUGGGUGCGCUCCCCGCGCUGUUGGAUGCUGUGCGCCGCCACCAGGCGGAACUGAACCCGCGCGCCCCGCGCCUGCUGCGGAGCCUGGAGGACGCGGCGCGCCAGGCUCGCGCCCUGGGAGCCGCGCUGGAGACGGUGUUGGCCGCUCUGGGCGCAGCAGCCCGCGGGCCCGGAUCUGAGCCCGCCGCCACCACCCCCCUUUCCACCGCCAACGGCGCUCCGGGCGUCUUCUCAGCCAAGCUGCUGGGGCUCCACGUGUGCGGCCUCUAUGGCGAGUGGGUGAGCCGCACCGAGGGCGACCUGAGCCAGCUGGUGCCUGGAGGCGUCGCUUGAGAGUUAGUACUCGUUCUUGCAAGCUUACUCUGUCCCACCUCUUUGGCUUCCAAUUCUUUCUCUCCAUCUGUGUCACUGUGUUCUUGCCCUGUCCCAGUCUUUCUGCAGUAUUGUGGUCUCUUUCUCUUUGGAUCUUGUAUCCUCAGGGAGCUUCGUGCCUACCAGUUUCUCUUUUUUUUUUACUCUUUUUCUCCCGUAUUUUUUUUUUUUCUUCAGGAGGUUUCUGUUUCUCGUUCUAUGUCUCUUGCUCUUUGUUUGUUUGUUUGUUUUUGAAACAGGGUCUUACUAGGUAGCCGUGGAUGUCCUGAAGAAGCUCGCUAUGUAGACCAGUUGACUUAGAACUCAGAGAUCCACCUGCCUCUGACUCCCAGUUUCUCCAUCUGUCUCCCCAUGGUCCAUAUGACUAUGUGUAACACGGAAGUGACACUUUCUAUCCCUUUAGUUCCUUUGUCCUUUCCUAACCAGAAGUGCAAGACCACCUACCCUCAGGACCAUCUAUCUCCCAGGUGCCUCUCUCCUCCCACCAGAUCCUUUAGAGCCUUACUCCUCCCCCCUUCAAUGCCCUUCCUUUUCUUACCUCCACAUCCCGUUCCCAGGGGCCCCCAGCCCUAGCCUGGUCUAUGGAGAGGGAAAGUCAAAAGCCUCUUAAGAGAGUUUUAUUUGAGAAUAAAUUAAUAUUUGUAAAUAAAUGUUUAACAAUAAAACCACAGUUUAAUGAAAGACAGUUGUUGCAUAUGGGGAGUGAGAGCUGAAGAGAAUAGGAUCUCUAGUGUACAGGAGGUGGGUUCCACCCGCCCACAGAGGCACAGUACAAAUGCAUCCACGAAGGGCCCAGGCCAGGGAUACCACUUGUCAGUCCUGACCACGAAGUAGGUGUCCUCAGCAGGAAGAGCCCUGGUGACUGUGGCUGGGCGUUGGGCCUCCAUCCACUGGACAAUUCAACAGAAGCCGUCAAUGGAGAGGUAGAGUGGGGACCAGAACUCUAGCAAAAAGAGGCCUGUGUUCAGAAAGGUCAUGUUCUCACCUGGGAGUUGAGGUAGACAGAGACAGGAAGCAAGCCCCAGGACUUCCUCAAAUACAGGAAGAGCAAAGUCAGGGCAGGGCAAGCCCAGGGGGGAGACCAGCUGUCCUCUCCCUAGGGUGGGAAGUGAAGCCUCUUCAGAAGGGCUCUUCUUUCCAACCAGACAGUAGGACUAUCAACACUCUGUUGCUCCAUCAGAUGGGUCCAUGGAGUCCUGCCCAGAUCGGGAAGGGAGUCGCUCGCUAGGACCCGGCAGGAAGACCCAAGCCAUAAGGAGUGGAGGCUUGACUUCCAGAAAAUAGUUCAAAUGCUUGGCUCAGGUCCUGACUGCUAAGUGAGAUGUGAUGUGUUCUCUG